AAUGUCUAGUCCCGAGCCAACAAGGUACAUGUGGCAACAGCACACUUCAUUCCGCCACAGACAUCAUUCCAGACAGCUUUGGCAUUGCCACAACCCUCGAGAUGCUCGCAAAGACUUCUACACCGAAAUCAGUGACGAAACUAAAGCACUGGGAUUUUUAAGAAGACAUGAACUUUUGGAUGAAGAACAAUGUGUUUCACCGUGUCAUCAUUGUGGCGGAGAGAUGAAGGAUGCUCGGAAAAGAAGACGAAAUGGCGAAUUUAUGCCCGUUCUUCGUUGCAAAAACAGUGGAUGUCAAACUUUUCGUUCAUUACACAGAGGCAAUGUAUUCUUUCACUUCACAGAUUUAAAUAACAAACUAAAUUGCAAGCUCUCUCUUUGCCAAAUUUUAGAAUUGAUCUUUUAUUUCAUAGGAGACCUCUCUUAUGAUUUGGCUCAAAGUUUAACUGGUAGAGGAACUGAAGCAAUAUGCGAUUGGUUCAACAAGUGCAGAGAAGUUUGUAUAGCGAUUGUUUCAGUCCAGAUUCGUGGUCAAAUGGUGGGCACUGAAGAAAAGCCUGUGCAAAUUGAUGAAGCACGCUUUGCAGGACGUAGAAAAUACAAUAGAAGUCGAAUGUUGCAAGGAGACAGGGCUCCAAAUUCAAUAGACAGCGAAGCUGAAGUGAACAGUAAUCGUAACCAUGGAAGGCGCAUUGAUGGUGUUUGGGUGUUCGGUUUGAAGAAAGGGUCAGAUUGCCGAUAUUUUUACGUCGAAAGAAGAGAUCAUGAGACACUUCAGCCAAUUAUUCAGCGAGAAGUCGCUGAAGGCUCAGUAAUCCAUUCCGACGAAUGGAGAGCUUACUCUAAUUUAAACCAACUCAAUUUUCGUCAUUUUUCCGUAAAUCAUCAGCAAAAUUACGUCAUCCCAACACUGGAGCACAUACACAAGAAACUGAAAGAUCAUGGCUUGACAAGAAGAUUUGUAUAUUGAAAAAAAAAAUAAAAUAGAAGCUGCAAUCAAAGAACACUUCAAUCCGAUGUAGACUACUUCUGCUGGCGGAUGAUGAGAAAAGAAACUCCUGACUUAUAUUUAGCAUUUUUAUCCGAUGUACGUGUUGUUUAUCGCUAGAAUAUUUUUAAUAAACAUUUUAGACAUUUUAGUCAUUUUAGAAUGUUUUACUGUUUCAAUUUAAUUAGACGUUUAAGAAAUUUUUACUGUUCAAUUAAAUUUUUUGUUAUAUAUAAUAUUGUGAUUUGUUAUGUAGAUAUUCAAAUUAGAUUUUGGAUUGUGCAGACAUUUUAGCCGAGGUGUAUGCUGUUUAUCGCUAAAACAUAAAUAAAAUAAAAAUUUUUCAA